UGCAACACACGUAACAAAAAUCAGUACAAAGAAGCAUUAGAAAUAAGUGUUUAAAGCUAAAAAUACCCAGAGAUCGAAAAAGAUUCAUUAAAUAGGUUUGCUAAACGAAGUGGACGACAUGUUGCCGCAUAUAAGCGCCGACGAGGGCCAGCCUUCCAUGACACGGAAGGUGUAUAUAAAUCCUAAUUUCCAACUGCAAGGUCAAACUGCGCAUCAGCUGCCGUUCCAGGCGUUCCAGGUGCCCUUCCAUGCGCCACCGCAGUCCCAGCCCGCCAUCCACAUCAAUCCGCACUUCCUGCAGCGCCAGCAGGCCAAGUACGAAGAGUUCCAGCGGGAACAGCAAAAGCUCCUUCUGCAACAGGUUUCCGCCUCCUAUUACCAACAGGAUCCUCCAUUGCCACCGAGUCCUGCUCUGGCCAUGCCACCACCUCCGCCCGCCAAGAUCAUCAGCAAAGCGAGAACGUGUCUGGUGCGCAAAGCUCCAGUGAGGUCUGUUGCUCCUCCGCCCGCUCGCCCUGUUUCUAACCUGGUGCAGCCGCCAUUGGUAAGCAUUUCCAAGCGGAAGAUUGUGCGCCAAGGAGCUGUUAAGGCCACGUCUGCGGUUACUGCAUCCCAUCCUACUCCGCCUGUGCCACCAACUAAGCGCACUAGGUAUAAGCUAGUGCGCUCCAUAUCGCUCACAUGUACACCUCUGGUCAAGAAGCGUCGUCAUCUGCGUGAGUUUGUAGGCCAGUACGCCCUGAGACGCACCAAUGAAGCAGAGUCUAGCAAGAAAUUGAGCUCCAAGCCACAGGUGCUAAAGCUAGGCGUCAAUAAGUCGCUCAGCAUGGUCAGCAUACACGGCGUGAUGUACAAGAAGAUAUCGAAAAACAAGAUAACCAAGGUGGAUGCCAGUUCAACAAGGAUAACCAAAUCGACGUGUCCCAGGACCCUCAAGCGUUCGGAUUCUGGAAGAACGCUCUUCGUCAGCGGCAAUAAGUUCAUCCUAGAUCCAUCGGGCUGUCGUCUAACGAGAGUUCCACCUUCAGCAGCUGCUGCUUCCCAGAUGAGCGUGAACCGAAGUAUCCUGCGACGCAUUGAUAUUGGCGGUCUCACCUAUGUGGCUUCGCCCAAGACCCUGAAUGUCUUUGUACGAACCAGCAAUCAUGUGUCGAGAGCCCACCUGAUCACCGCCAGGCAGAGAAGUCUGACGCUGCUCAACAAGUCGUUGGUGAAGACCAAUGUGCCCUGUGCCAUCUUCCAGAAACUGGGCAAGUGCGCUGCCCAUAGCCGCGGCAAGUGUCGCAAGCUCCACGACAAACGGCAGGUCGCCAUCUGUGUCAGCUUUUUGCGCGGCGAAUGCACCAAGGCCCACUGCCUGCUCUCGCAUAAUGUCACCCUGGAGAAGAUGCCCGUGUGUCGGUACUAUUUGCGCGGUGUUUGCGUCCGCGAGGAUUGCCCUUACCUGCACAAGAAACUCAGCCGGAAGGCCGAGAUCUGCAUUGACUUUGUGCGUGGCUACUGUCCGCUGGCUGCCGAGUGCAACAAGCGUCACGAGUUCGCCUGCCCAGAGUUAGAGCGCAAGGGAACGUGCGAGUUGUCCAAAUGCGUAUUCUGUAAAAAGCCACCAUCAAAGCGGUUGGUCAAGCCCCGUCCUGAAGUGGGCAGUAAGCCACUUAGCAUCCCAAAAACCCCGAAAGAGUCUGCAAAGCAGGAUGAUUUGCCCACCAGCUCACGGUACUUCAGAUGCGAAGGCGAGAAGGUGCAAGCAACAUUACCCAACGCUGUCGUGAACAAGGAGGAGCCUGAGGCGAAAGAAGAGGACCCAACGGAAUCUGACGUCACUGGCGGCGUUCGCAGACGUCCAAAACUGGGGACCCUGCCCUCUUUUAUUCCCCUCGGCGGAGAAGAAGAAUAGUAAAGCAAUGUGAGACGACUUGGACCCAACGUUUCAGGUACAAAUUAAUUUGGUUAAGUAUCGUAUUAGCGUUAAUUCUAAGAUAUAACUUUAGUAGUUUACGUUCAAUAUUCAAUAAAAAAUAAAGACCAAUUUACUUGCGUAAAA